AUGGCUGAGACUCAGCGUCGCCCUCGUGUCUACUUCGACAUUCAGAUUGGCAGCCAGAAGGCUGGCCGUGUUGCGCUUGAAUUGUUCAACGAUGUUGUUCCCAAGACCGCAGAGAACUUCCGCGCCCUUUGUACAGGCGAAAAGGGCGUGGGGAAGCAAGGGAAACCACUGAGCUACAAGGGAUCCAUUUUCCACCGUGUGAUCAAGCAGUUUAUGAUCCAGGGUGGUGACUUCACCAAUUUCAACGGAACUGGUGGUGAAUCCAUUUACGGCGAGAAAUUCCCAGAUGAGAACUUCGAGCUCAAGCACGACAGACCUUUCCUCCUCUCGAUGGCCAACUCUGGUCCCGGCACCAAUGGCAGCCAGUUUUUCAUCACCACUGUCCCAACCCCCCACCUGGACGGCAAGCACGUGGUCUUCGGUGAGGUGAUCAACGGAAAGAGUAUUGUUCGCAAGAUCGAGAAUAUGCCUACCCAAGCCGACAAGCCUACCGCCGACGUCACCAUCGUUGACUGCGGUGAGCUCUCCGGCGAGGACUACGAGAACGCCACCAAGCAGGUUGCCGAUGCCACUGGAGACCCGUACGAGGACUACCCCGAUGAUCACCAGGGCGAGGAGCUCAACGCUCAGGUCUGCUUCAAGAUCGCUUCCGAGCUGAAGAACUUUGGCAACACUGCUUUCAAGAGCGGCGACCUUGCCCUUGGCCUUGACAAGUACCAGAAGGGCCUGCGCUACCUGAACGAAUUUCCUGAUCCCGAUGAGAACGAUCCCAAGGACCUCGAGCCUCAGAUGAAAUCUCUUCGCUUCACUCUUCACUCCAACUCGUCCCUGCUCGCGAACAAGCUUGGUCAAUACAAGGAUGCCCAGAACUGGGCUACCUACGCCCUUGAAGUCGCCGACGCCGCCAACGCCAAGGAAGCAGAUAAAGCCAAGGCCUACUAUCGCCGCGCUGUCGCCUACAGUGGUCUGAAGGAGGAAGAUGGAGCGCUGAAGGAUCUCCAGGAGGCUUUGAAGUUGGCUCCCGGUGACGCUGGCAUUCUGAACGAGAUCGCCAAGGUCAAGAAGGCGAUCAAGGACCGUGAAGCCAAGGAGAAGGCCGCCGCUCGGAAGUUCUUCUCAUAAAGCAUCGGCGUCAUGGUUCAUCGGUCAAUGACUCAUGAUUUUAUGUAUUCUCUUUCGUUUUGCGCACAAAAGCGACGAUGCAUUUCCUUGCGGUUCCUCAGGAGCUGAUGGGGGUCUCUCGGCAAUGUUUUACCGGCUUUGAAACAUGGUGAUUGGCGCAUUGUGUUCGUUCUCGCGUGAUACGCCCAGCAAUUGUUCAACUAGCGUAUGAAUAAAAUAAUUCUAACGAGGAGUCGAGUAUAUGGGUCUCUGAAGCGAAUCGCAACUUGACGCUUUGUCUAUGUAGAUCACCAUCGGCUACCCGUCCUGCAAGCCGACAUGCGUCUUGCGGCCGGAGUUCGAUAUUCCGACAAUGGUAUACAGAUUCCGUGUGGUUUCAAU